ACAGUGUCGAGGUGAACUUGAGGGCCGGCAGUCUGUAAUCAGACUGGGAAGACGCCACGCUCCGAGGAGACGGAGACACGAAGAUAUUCCCUGUUCAUAGUGAUGAGCACCUCACCAUGUAGCUCUGUGGCCAGUAACACAAAACGGCGGAGAGGUGACCCACGUGCCGCUUCCCUGCCCCUGCGUCUCCUUAUGGCUGGCAGGGUGCUGGAGGCGGGGGCGGGGGUGCGGGAGGAGCUGGACGCGCUGGGAUACCGCGAGCCGCUGCCCCCCGACGCUCUGCCUCUCGUCCGGCGCUUGUUGAGUGAUCUGAAGGAGGCGCGGAAGGAGGGGCGCGAGAGCAAAGAAGCCCUGGCACAGACCCGCGAGCGAUGUGAUGUCUUGGAGACCAGCGUGGCGCCCUACCAGGAGGAGAACGGCCGCCUCCUCACGCAGAUCAACAGGCUACACAUGGCCAACCUUCGUCUCAGGGAGCAGGUCGAGAAGCAUGACAAAGAGCUAGAGAACGCAGUGGAGAAGCUCGCGGAGGAGAACAAAGCCCUGCAGCUCCUGGUGGGGGAGUACCAACAGAAGAUAGAGCAGCUGGAGGUAGAGUCCAGCAAGAAGGGCGAGAGGAUACUGCAGCUUCAGGAGAGGAACUUACGGGCUGUGGUGACUACCCCUGGUGGAGGCAAGAAGCCCGUGGCCCAGCAGCGUCAGCGCCUGGAAAUCUCUUCACUUCUUCCACACAACAGCAACAUGUCUUCCUUCAAGUGUUCAAACUGUGGGUGUAGUACCUCAGUCCAGUGCUCCAGCAACAACAACAACAUUCAUAACAACGACAGCAACAAGAGCGGCUACAAUCGGGAUGGCAACAACAAGAACAGCAACAACAAUGAUAUGUACCUGGCGGACUUGCUGCGGAUGACAGACCAGAAGCUGCUGGAGCUGCAGAGGGAAGUGGAGCAGAGCCAGCGCCAUGCCCGCCACUCUGAGGACGAGUGUGUCACCCUCAGGAAACAGAUUUCGAGGCGGGAGGCUGAGAUCACCCGCCUGGAGGGGCUGCUGGAGGGAGGCAGGUCGGCGGCAGCGGUGGUGAGGGACAACAGGCUGCAGGCUGCUCAGGCUCAUCUCCACCAGCUGCAGCUACACAAUGAUUUGCUCACCAAGACCAACCUGCAGCUGGAGAACAAGCUCAAGAAUAUCCUAGGCGAGACUCAUGAGGCCAUGACCCGUGCAGUGGAACUGGCUGAUGAGAACACAACCCUCACGCAUGACCUUCAAGAUGCAGAGAGCACUCACCGCCUGCUGGAGGAUGAUGCCCUCUCCACCGCCCAGACUCUCUCUCACCGCCUCCAACACACCAGGACCAAGCUGGCCCAGUGUGAAGGAGACCUGUCAGAGCAGCACCACAUGUACCACCUGGUGAGGGACGAGAGGGAUCGCCUGCAUGGGGAGCUGGUGCACACUCGCCACCAGCUGUCCCGCCUCACCCACGAGCACACCCGCCUGCUCACCCAGCAUGCCCCCAUGGAAGAGCAGCUGCGAAAGGGCCAGGAGGACACCAAGACUUACCUGGACCGCAUCAACCACCUCACCCUCUCAUUGCAAGAAGCUGAGGGGGAGAAGAUACAACUCUCAGCUGAUGGGGAGGCACUGCGCAAGACCAUCGUGGAACUGAAGGCACAGAAGGAGGCGCUGAACUCUACCCUGGCGCAGGUGAGGGAGGAGCAUGAGGCGGCAUCACAGGGGAAGCAGUUUUAUGUAUCGGAGACUGAGAAGCUGGGGAGGCUGAAGAGGGAAGUGGAGCAGGAGCGGGACUACUACAAGGAGGAGGCAGCCAAGCACCAGGCCCAGGCCGCUGCCAUGGAGCAGGAGCGUGACCUGUACAGGGAGAAGAGUGCUGAGCUGGACCGAGAGAAACAGCUCCUGGAACAAUCACGGUCUUUCCUUGGGGACGACGUGGCCAAGCUACAGGCACAGCUGCGUCAGGUGCAGCAAGAACGUGACUACUUCACUGAUCAACUCAACCAGACUCAGGGGGAGAAGAGGCAAGCGGAGCGCGAGCGGGAGUACUACAGUGAGCAGGUGAUACAGCUGCUGGAUCUGCUCAAGACCAAGCCCUCCUCCACCCCAUCCACACCCAUGCAGGUGUCUCGCCCUCGUGCCAAGACACAGUCUCCAGAGACAGAGUUAGCACGGCUGCAGUAUGAGAGGGACGUGCUGCGGCAGGAGCGGGAUUUCUACAAGAUGCAAUACCAGUCCCUCAAGAGCCAGCGUGAUGUCAGCUCCAGAGGCUCACCCAGUUCUGGCAGCCUUCCAGGGACAGCUCCAACACCUGCUGGCCCCACUGCUACUGCUACCACUACUACUGCUGGUGCUGCUGGUGUUGCUGGUGCUCCCUCAUCUAUUGGGGGGCCCCUCACCACCAUGGCUGGUGCUGGUGUUGGUGCUGGUGUUGGUGUUGGUGCUGGUGUUAGUACUGGUGUUGGUACUGGUGUUGGUGGUGUUGGUGUUGGCAGUGUUGGCAGUGUUGGUGGUGUUGGUGGUGUUGGUGGUGUUGGUGGUGGGAUGGCCAUGCCUGUGGGUGCAACCGGUGUGGGGCCAACCGGUGGGAGUCCUAGAGGUGUAGGGACAGCUGGGCCACCUCCACCACGUCCCCUGAGUGUGCCUAUAGCUGAUAUGGAGACCCUUCGGAGGGAGAGGGACUUCUUCAAGCAGCAAAUGGAGUACUUCAAACAGCAGCUGAGUUCCCAGGCAGGUCGUGCAGCCCCAGUGGUGCCUGGACUGGGCAUGGCCAUGGACAGUGACCGAGCCUCUGCCCGCGGCCCACUCACCAGAGGGUCCUCCGAGCCAUCUCCACCUCUGGAAAGUGAACCAUCAGCAGCAGCAGCAACGAGGGCUGAGGUGAGAGCAUACCAGCAGGAGAGGGACUUUUUCCGUCAGCAGUAUGAGAACCUCAAGGCCAGCAUGUCUCAGCCACACCCUCAGGCAAGAGGGGGUGAGGAGAUGGACAUGAGCAGUGUGCUGAGGGAGCGAGACACACUGCAGCAAGAGAGGGACUUCUUCAGAGCCCAGUACAACGACCUGUCCCGCAGGAUGGCUCAACUCACCUCCACAGGCCCAACCAUCUCUCAGACCCUUCGGCAGGAGAUUGAGUCCCUUAUGACUGAGAAGCGGAAUUCCAACAUUGCCCGAGCAGAUCUUGAGGGCCAGGUGCGGAUCCUGACAGAGAGGCUGGCUGAGUCAGAGAGGGAGAAGGCAGAGAUUGAUGGUCACACCAGGGACCUCCAUGCAGCAAUUGAGAAACUGCAGGAUGCAGCCACCCAGAGGUUCCCACCCUCCACCCAGGCCUUCAUCCUGGAGGUGCGCAAGGCCCGGGAUGCAGCCAUGAGUGACCUUGAGAAAGUGAAGAAAGAACGUGACCAGCUGAGGGAGAAGCUAAGGGCCACCAGUACCCAGACAGCACGAGAGAAGGCAACACUGGAGGAGGAGACAUUUAGUCUACGUCGAAUGGCAGAUGAAGGCAGCAGAACUGCCACUGACCUGCAGCAGCGCCUCAACUCCCAAGCAGCACUGGUUGCUUCCCUGCAGGACCAGGCACAGAACCUGCAGGCAGCCCUACAGGAGGCUCAUGACAGACUAGGACUCCAGGGCAAGGAGUCUGACGAAUUCAAGCGGUUGUUGCAGCAGAAGGUUGGUGAAAUUGGUGACACAGAGCAUCAGCUGGAGAUGCGACUCAACCAGCUGAGUAGCAGUGAGGCGCGACUCAAGGAGCUGGAGGCUGAGCUGAUCCGUGUGAGAGAGGAACUGGCUGACUCCAGGGCAGAGGUCACUGCCCUCAGAGCCUCAGUGGCCAGGCUGGACCAUGACAAGGACCUCCUCAAUACUGAGUUGGACACCAAGACGGAGGGUGUUGCAUCCCUAAGGGAGGAGCUGCGCAAGAGGGAGGCACUGGUGGCUCAGCUGGAGGGAUCCGUCACCAGGCUGGAGGGUCGCCUUGAGGCGGCGGUGUCAGCAGCGACGGCGGCGGAGCGGCGCGGCGACAGGUUGCAGCAGGACCUGGUGGCCACGACCCAGGCAAGAGAUGCAGCCAACAAGGAGAUACGGCGGCUGCACAAGGAGCUGAUGGGGCUGACACAGGAGCACAAGUCUCUGCGAGAGGAGCUGAACAAGUGCAUCACAUCCAAGGACAAUUUCAAGAAGAAGGCGCAGGAGUACUGCCGCACCCUGGAGGAGAUGACCCACAUGAUGGCCUCCAAGGAUUGUGACCAGGCAGCUCUCAGAAAGCAGUAUUUGAGCCUAAAGGAGACAGUGUCCUCCCUCAACUCCCUCAAUGCAUCCCUGGAGGAGGCAGCCACAACCCGUCAGCAGGAGGUGGACAAGAUGGAGGAGCUGAUGACCAAGUUCAAGGAAGAGAGGGAGCAGCUCAUCUCUCAGAUAAUGGAGGCCAGCCAGAGGAGUGACCAGCUGGAGGAGGAGUGCCGCAAGCUGGAGCAGGAGAAAUACCAAGUGGAGAAGGACCUCCUCACCACCCGGGACAUGGCUCACAAGUUGGAUAUGCGGCGGGGACAGGCAGAGUCUGAGGUGGCAAGGCUCUCAGCAGCUCUUCAGAAGGUGGAGGAGGAGCGGCGUGGACUGGAGCAGCAGGUGGAGAUGCUGGCAGGGCAGCUGAGUGGAGAGCGGUCAGCAGUGCGGUCCCUGGAGGAGACCCUGAACCAAAAGCGACGCACUGAGUGGUCGUCAGAAUCCACCAUCAAGCAACUGCAGGUGGAGAAGAGUCAGAUGCAGCGCAAGAUCUCAGAGUUGGAAGUCCAGCUGGAGGACGAGAUGCGGGAGAGCAAGCGUCUCCGCUCACAGGCAGCAGAGCUAGAGGCCGAGCUGGAGCGGCGGAAGCGGGAACUGACAGACGAGCGGUUUGAGCGGGAGCGGACCAGCCAGGAGCUGCGGCGGGUACAGAGAUUCCAAAAUGUUAGCCGAGCGCUGGAUGCCCUGGACAGUGGGUCCCCAGCCCCCACCCAGGGUACAGGACUCCCUCGGGUGACCCUCACGCCAUCCCCCCUCACCCUCCAUCCCAGCAGUGCAGUGGGUCAGAGUCCCCUCCACCUGGCCCCGCCCAGCAAGAGGAGCAGGGCGGGGCGGCCCGUGCCCCUUCUGUCCCUCUCCAUUCCUCCUCCUCAGACACUGGCCUGGAGAGGAGUCAGGCAGUGUCCAGUAGCUCAGACUCCCACCAUGAGCCCUGGCGCCUGGCCUUCGGGAGCAGGGGCCGGGUGAGGCAGCCUCCCUCGGCCAGCCAGGAGAGUGUGUCCCAUCCUCCUUCUUCACACAGGGCCACCUCCUCACCCCUGAGGGAGACACCCAUCCCCUCAGCAGCAGCAUCCAGCCUCCCAUCUCACUCCCGGGCAGAGGCCAGCCCUGUGUCCUCCUCUGGCACCCACCCCAUCAGAAAGGGACCUUCAUUCUCACAGAUCACAACUUCCUCCCCUUGUUCACCCCGGCCUGGGACCACCACCACUGAUCACUCUUCCAUGGGCCCCUCCCCUGCUUCCUCUCAGGCUCCCUUGCCCAGUGUGCGCCCCAAGGAAAAGGGUCACCAACACGGCUCCAGCCACAGUGAUCCAAACUCUUCAUGAUCAUUCCAUUAACUUGUCUAAUAAUUGUUAAUUUGCUGCUUCUUUCAGGGGAUGGUCUUCCCACCAUCCUUCCAUGGCUGUCCCCCAUUCACUUCCCUUCCAUUCCCUUGUCCCUGUCCCCUCCCUGCACUGUACAAGUAAUACAUCAAGCUUGUAUGCACACAUACCUCUGCCUGCCACCACCAAGGUAUGUGUGUGCAUCUUUUUAUGUACACUCUGUAGAACAUUUAUGUCUAUCCAUCUGUUUCUCAUGGAAAGUGUUCUGUCCAACUGUACAAAGUGUUCUGGUGUCACACUGUAUGUAUGUGCAUACCUCAUAUCACAGUAGUGUGUGCACGUGUGUGUACACUUGGUUUCAUUCACCUGUGUGUAGAACCAUGACUUCUGUCUGUCUGUCUGCUUUUCAUAAUCUUGUAGGUUUCCUUCAGUCACAUAAACAAGAAACAUUCCCUCUCUCCUAAAUGCUACAUCUACAUCAACAACAGCAACUCAAACACAACAAUAACAGCAGCACCAACAAUACUAGCCACACAAACACAGACAUCCCUUCCCUAGUGCUGUGCCCGCUAGUAGUGGCCUUGGGUAGAGCAUUUGGCUCACACAAGUACUGUUACAUUAAUGAAUCUCUAUUUCCCUGUGCCUUGAGUAUAUUGAAAUGGUAAUGUUAGUACUAUCCUCAUAUGAAGGUGUUCAGUUUUGUAAAGUUGGAUUCCCUUCAUGUUUAUGCACUUGUAGGUGAGUAAUGCAUAUAUUUAUGGAUGACUAUGUUCUAUGUGUAUAUCAAGAACUGCAGCUUUAUAUUUUAUAUUUUCGUGAUCACUUUAUUUCAGUAUUAUAAUUAAAUGUAUUUUAAGCCUCACCAUUGUGUAUAAUCAUGAGACAAUUGUUCUUUCUUCUUCCAGGAAUGUUUUGAUCCCUUCCAAAGGAGUGUUGCAAUGACUACUUUUUUCAUGCUUAGUUUAUUUUACUUGAUAAGAAAUCACAUCAUUAUAUUAUUCUAUCUUUUCUAUGAUCAAAUUUGCUCUUGUAAGGCCAUUAUUUCUAUUCUUCCUUUUUGUGAAUCUUUUUACCCAUAAAAAGGAUUGUUGCAGUCACAGAACUUCCUUUCUAUGCUUUUUUAAUUUUAUCUGAUGAAAAAAUCUCAUCAUUACGUUAUUCCAUCUUUUCUAGGUUCGAAUUUCGCUCUUGUAAGACCAACAGACCAUCUUACUGUGAGCCAACACACACAUCUCCAGCUUGUCUGUGGCAUAACCAUUGUCUGUCAUGGAGUAGUAGGUGAGGCAAGGUAAAUACAAUGAUAAGAUCUAUAUCCAUUAGUUAUCCCUUGAAGGAAUGAGUCAGGUGGUGUGUGAAUGUCUACUUUGGCUAUAGCUUUAUAUAAUCAAAAGAUAGGCUCAAUUUUUAUAGAUAUCUCAGAAUUGUAGAAUGCACUUUUUUUUGUGUCUGUGUAGGCAUUUGCAAUAAUAUUUAUCUUUCUUUUAUGUAUUGCUAUCAGAAUUAUCAGUGUGUACUAUAUCUCAGUAUCCAUUUCUUUUAUAAGAGUUGAUCCUAAUAUUUUUUCUUCCAAGUCUGGUAUGUAAAGUGUAAGGUCUGGUUAGGUAAGGGCUGCUGGGGUUGUGUAGUUGCAAUACAUAGUAGAUGGGAAGAGAGUGGACACAGAAUGGGAAAUGUGAAGGGUAGACUCAUUGACAAGGACAAUAGGUAUGGGAAGAGUAUUGGGUGUACACUUGUGAUACUGAUAUUACAUACUGAUGUGAUGAGGAGUUACAGUUACACAAAGAGGAUAAGCAAGUGAUGAGAUAUACGUAGGUGAACAAUUGCACGUAAGGAGGAUAUUUUUAGUGAUAGAGUUCAUUCAUAAAUGUUGAUGUGUAUGUGUUUAGAAAGCUGAGUGACUACAUUGGUUCUGUGUGCAAACAGGUCGUCACUCAGCACACGAGGCUACUGUUAAAAGAGUGUGCCUUUGUUUCAAUGUAAACAGUUCCUGGAAUACAUAAACAACUCCUGAUACUUGACAAGUCCUUGAAGACCAUGUAUGAAGACUUAACAUAUAAUGUGCAGGUGUUUCCACAGUUGUGCCACUAAUCAGGGAUUCAAACAAUGGACCAGCUCCCCCUCAGCAUACAGUAUUCCCUCUAUAUAUUAGACUUAAUACACAAGACUUGUAUCCUGUAUGCUGCUCAUGAAUAUCUACAGAAGAGAUGUCUUACAGUUAGCAGAUUUAAUGUUCUGGAAAUAUUCCAUUCAUGUUGAUAUUUCUGUCGAAAUUACUUCAAUAAGAGUACAAGCUUUGCUUUUCAUUAAUGGCAGCAUGUGUGUUCGGUCUGUCCUCGGACGUCAGAGGAGUGGCGUUGACCUUUCAUGCUACGUGUGCUAAUUGAUUGAUGUUUUUGUGGGAAAGCAAGGAGUUCAUAUAGUGCUACAGGAGAUGAGCCAACCAUGUGUAGGCACAACUAAGCAGAUAAAAAAAAAAAAAAAGAGAAGAUAGUUUCAUAACACUUAUCACUGAUGAACAUUACUGGUGCAUCAAAAAUCUUUAAGAAGAAGCAUUCCAUUUGGAAACAUUUAUCUUGUGUUUUCUUGCUGUGUUAAAAGGAUUGUGUAGCUCUUCAUCAGUUGUCAUCAGCAUCUCUAAUGAGUCAGCUAUGUGGUAAGAUUCCAGACUACAGAGUAGCAUCUAAUCAUUGAACUAUUGGUUAGAUGUUGCUUUGUUCCAAUUAAAAGGAGGCCCAUGGAGGUAUCCUGCUCUCCCUCUGUUGUCUCAGUCUCAUAGAUUGUAGUGUUUUGCUGAUACCCUUUAAUGAAAUCUGAGUUUUGGAACCUGAAAUAAUCUGAAGCUCCUUGGACUCCAAAGAAGGCUCACACAAAAAGCUGUUAAAUUUUGUCUUGCCUUCAUUGUAUUACAGGCAGACAUUUCCCUUUCCCUUAUUUAUGUAGAUUAACUGCUGCAGCCACCAUAGGAUCACUGGCCUGAAAACCUCCACAGCAGUUCACAGUUGCUGUGCUCCCCAACCCAAGACAAAAUUUUACACCCAAGAUUGAAAUGGAUGCCUUGUAGACUUUUGACCCAAUGUGUCGGUCAUCUCAAGUCCUGCCAUGAGUAGUUUCCCUCCCAGAUUUAGCUGCAGAUGUGUGCACCAAGACUAGUGAUUGUUGAAACAUGAGUGACUUAAAAGUUAAUCUUAACAAUCAUAUAAGGUAACCAUGACUCAUUCCAGAGAAAAUUUUUGCAAUUUGUAAUAUGUGGUAGUUGACAUUCAUACAGUUUAUGUUCUUAAAAUAGCCCUCCUGAAAUACAAUGGACUGUGGACUCUCCUGAACCUCUCACACACACACACACACACACACACACACACACACACACACACACACACACACACACACACACACACACACACACACACACACACAUUCCAGGAUCCAAAGAACGCACAAAGUCAUCUGACUGGAAUACGUAUUACAUACUUCUUCAGUGUAGAUAGAGCAGACUUUUAAUGCUUUGACAAAAAAACCUUGAUGGAAAGGUGAUUAAAUUUUGUACUGCUGUCCAUAAGAUAGUCUGCAAGAUUCAUCACUGAUAAUAUAUUUUUGUAACUAGAGAACAUUGUGAAAGAUUUUUUUUGUAAAA